AUGCCGACCGUAAACGUAGAUAAAAAUGAACUUUACCAAGCUCUUGGAAAACAUUAUACCACGGAUGAAUUUCGUGAAUUAUGCUUUGAAUUCGGAAUUGAACUUGAAGAAGACACUUCCGAAAAAGAAAUGGCUAGUAAAGAAGUUGGAAUAGCCAAAGCCGAGGGAUUAUCGGAACGACCAAUUUUAAAGAUCGACAUCCCUUCUAAUAGAUAUGAUCUUCUUUGUCAUGAAGGCAUUUCGCGUGCUUUACUAAUUUUUCAAGAAAAAGCAAAUUUUCCAUCUUAUAAAGUUGUUGAGCCAGCGGAUGGACAUGUACAAAUAUUGAUAAAGCCUGAAACUGCUCAGAUAAGGCCUCAUGUUGUCGGCACUAUUCUUCGGAAUAUUAAAUUCACAGAAAGAAGUUAUAAUAACUUUAUCGAUCUGCAAGAUAAAUUGCACAACAAUAUUUGCAGAAAACGAACCCUGGUCGCAAUUGGAACUCAUGAUUUUGACACGAUUAAAGGACCUUUUACCUAUGAGGCUCUUCCACCAAAAGAGAUAAAAUUUAUACCGUUAAACCAGACAAAAGAAUUGGAUGGGGAAGAAUUGAUGAAUUUUUAUACGAUUACAUUGAAUACGAAAAAUGUAUUCAUUGAAUGUACAGCAACUGAUUUGACAAAGGCUAAAAUUGUUUUAAACACUGUUGUAACAAUGUUUUCUGAGUAUUGUGAGCAGCCAUUCACUGCAGAACCUGUUAAGGUCGUAUAUCCUGAUGGUACUGAACAUAUUUAUCCAGAUCUUUCACCUCGCACUAUGACAGUUAAAGCUGAUUAUAUUAAUGCUUGUACGGGGUUAAGCCUUGAAACUUCAGAAAUAGCAACACUCUUAAAACGUAUGUCACUUUCGGUUAAAGCUAUAAACGAAAAGGCUGAAAUGUUGGUUGAAGUUCCACCAACUAGAUCAGAUGUUUUGCAUGCAUGUGAUAUAAUGGAAGAUGCUGCUAUUGCAUAUGGGUUUAAUAAUAUUCCAAAGACUUUACCAGAUUGUGCAACAGUAGGUAAACAAUUGCCUAUCAACAAAUUAAGUGACUUGGUAAGAAGAGAAAUAGCGUUGGCAGGUUGGACUGAAGUUUUACCGUUGAUUUUGUGUUCACACGACGAAAAUUUCGCAUACUUGAACAAAAAAGAUGACAAUCUUACUGCAGUGAAAUUAUCAAAUCCUAAAACGGCGGAAUAUCAAGUCGUCCGAACUUCACUCUUGCCAGGUGUAUUGAAAACUGUUAGAGAAAACAAAAAACACACAUUGCCAAUUAAAGUUUUUGAAGUAUCCGAUGUCGUUUUCAAAGAUAAUUCCUUUGAAAGGCAAGCAAGAAAUGAAAGGCAUGUAUGUGCAAUUUAUUGUAAUAAAGUGUCUGGAUUUGAGUUUAUUCAUGGACUUCUUAAUCGCAUUAUGGAUAUGCUUGGUGUGAAACUUGUUUCGGCUUCAGAUAACAAAAAAGGAUAUUUUAUAAAGGAAUCUGAUGAUACAACAUAUUUCCCAAACCGAAGUGCAGAUAUUUUCCUUCGAAAAGGAGAAGCAUCAACAUCAGAUGUUACAAAAAAAAUAGGAAGUUUUGGGAUUUUGCAUCCCCAAGUACUAGAAAAUUUUGAAUUAACCUAUCCUUGUUCCGCUUUAGAAUUUAAUCUGGAAGAAUUCUAUGUUUACUAA